AUGGCGCACAAUCCUAGCCCGCUGCGGUCAACACGGUCCCUUCCCAGAUCUGACCCGCCCUUUCCGCCGGCAGAACCAAGCCCCCGCUCCAAGAGGGCGAGCACUCUGCAGAGUGUAUCUACAUCUACGCCCGCUGCCGAGUCUCGCCGGACCGCCUCCGGAACCCAGCUAGACAGACAGGUCAGCGAAACGGACGCACCCGACACGUUCGAGCGCAGAAUCAGCGAGGAGACAGCCGAGGCCCCCCGGGCAUCCGUCGACCUGGACGAGCUCCCCAUCGAGCUCAUCAGCCUCGCUGAUCGCUUCAUCGACCAGCUCUCGGCUAAGGUCUGGCCCACCCCGCCCAACAUCGACAACAUCGCCCGCCUCUUUCAGGACUUCUACGCCACCGCAGCCACCCAUAUACAGACACAUGUGGACAGUCUCGCCACGCGACAGAGACGCGAAGCCUCCCCAGCGCCAUCCAACACGUCUCGGGCCUCGACGGCGAGUUUGCUCCGCGCAAAGGCCGCCUCGCUCGGGAGCAAGGAGAAGUCCAAAGCGCCUUCUAGGCGAGACUCGGAGCAGAUGCUGACGGCCGACGAAUACGCAAACCGGAAGAAGGCGAGAAAGGCUCUCGACCAGAAACGCGUCACGUUGGAGGAGGCGAUAGAAAGGAGGCUCUGCGAAGGAAUCUAUGACAAAAUCUACCGCCACCACACCACUCAGGACGAAGCACAGGAUGACAAGCUCCGGUCAAAAACAGCAGCCCUUAAUGUGGUCGGGAUCGGCCCUGUCGAUUUGGGCAUCGAAAUCGGGGCUAAAGACCCAGAAUCCGCCGCCCAGAAACAAGACGAGGUUAAGAACUGGCUUGAACAGGCGCGGCAGGAGCUGAUCCUAAUGAACCAGUCAAGAUAUCCCCUCGGCAAGCUCAAUCACCUCAAAGCCGCACACAAGAGCAUCAUCGACACCCUCUCCCAUUUUCACCCGUCUUCUUCGGCAGACGAGCUCAUGCCGAUGCUCAUCUACACCCUGAUCACCCUCCCGCCCGAGAACCUGAACGUCAUCAGCGACGUGAAUUUCAUCCAGAGGUUUCGCUGGGAACCAAAGCUGGUGGGCGAGGCAGCUUAUUGUCUGACCAACCUCGAAGCGACCAUAAGCUUCCUGGAAACGGUCGAUUUGUCGACCCUGCGCGCUGACGAAGCUCCCACAGGGCCUCUUAAGGGGUCCGCCAGCCCAGGCACGACAAAGGUAGAAACAUUUCCGCCGGCCUACUCGCCAGGGUCGUCCACCACAGCGCUGGGCCUAUCUGAGACUGGUGCAAGCCCUGUGGGGACGGCCAUGAAACCUGGCCCGUCAGCUGCCGGCCUCCGUGCCGCAAUGCAGAUCCGUAAUCGCCGGCUUAGUGAUCUGGUGAACACGCCCGCGCAGGCCUUCAACGCCGCCAGCGACGCCGUGCUCAACACGGCAGACCAGGGCCUCAAGACUAUCGGCACCAGCCUCGGCGACAGCUAUAAGUUCCUCCUUGGCAAGCUGCGGGACCAUCCUGAAGCCCUCACAAACCAAGGCGGCGAGGUCAUCGUGCCCAAGACGCUGGAUGAUGCCCGGAAGCUCAUAGGGACCCCGCCUCCCGACGAGGAUGACGGCUCGGCUAGCGGCACGAGCUCCAUCCACAGCCCCGAGGAGACGACUACCGACAAGCUACCUCAGCGGACCGCCACGCCCCGCGAUGACAAAGUACUCAAUUUCAUUGGCGGACGCAAGGUGUCGCGCGAUCACAGUGCCGACAGCGCGCGCAGCGCGGGGAGCUUGAGGAAAGCGGCCGAUGAGCAGCAGCAGCAGCAGUAUAUCAAAGACAGAGCCACGACUUCUUCGCCAAUCACGAGCCCUUCGUCAUCGAAUCCGGCCCUCCUUGACUCGGUGCGCAACCUCGGAAACUCGCUGAACCCCAUGGCGCGGCUCACAGGCAUCGGAAGCUUCCGCGGGUUCGGUAGGAGCAAUAACUCGGCUUCUCCCGUGCCUGCGCCCCUACCCAAAGACACGCCACCGCUCAGGAGCCCCGCCGAUGGUGUUGAUCUAGCUACGGUUUUCCCAGAGCUCGCUCCCGUGCUACCGCCAAAGGAAGCCCCAAAGGUCAACCCGCCCAUCAAGCGCUUCAUGGAGAUCCAGAGCCCGGCCGACUUGAGGAUCGGCGAGGUCCUCGAGUUGCUGCGAGAUUACAGGCGGCUGGCCGGUGCGCUGAAAGACUUGGGCGCGAUCAAGGAGUAG